CUGUUCUUGUAAGCAGCUUUGCAGGCUCAUUCGCUUCUCUUUCUUCUGAGCAGGAAGAUAGGGCCCCCAGCUCCUGUGCUUUGUGCCUGUGACCCAUCAGGUCGGCUCCCCAGAGGUUAGUUGGCACAUGGAUGGUGUGGCCAGCUAGUGGCAAGAGAGAGUUCCUGAAAAGCACUGCUUUCGGCAAACCACAGAUGCAAAAGGUCCCUGGCCGACUGGCAUGAGUAGCUGCUAGCCAUGGGGAACACGAACACUGCUGGAGUUUGCUGUGUACCACCGCCUUCAGAAAUGGUUGACCAUCCAGAGUUCGAGAAAGCCGGAAAGGGCCCGGGACUCCAAGUAUGGAGAGUGGAGAAAUUUAAUUUGGUGCCUGUUCCUAAAAAUCAAUAUGGUUCAUUUUUCACUGGGGACGCCUACCUUGUACUGAACACCAUUAAGACUAGCUCUGGGAACCUACAGUAUGAUCUUCACUACUGGCUGGGGGAUGAGUGCACUCAGGAUGAAAGUGGAUCAGCUGCCAUAUUCACAGUACAAAUGGAUGAUCAUCUGGGAGGAAAGCCCAUUCAGAACCGGGAAGUGCAAGGAUAUGAGUCUUCAACGUUCGUAGGUUAUUUUAAGCCUGGCAUCAAAUACAAGGCAGGAGGUGUGGCCUCAGGUUUCACACACGUGGUACCAAAUGAGGUGGACAUCAAACGACUCCUCCAGGUGAAAGGCCGCCGGGUUGUCAGAGCCACCGAGGUUCCGGUGGGCUGGGACAGCUUCAAUCAAGGCGACUGCUUUAUUCUUGAUCUUGGGGGUGAGAUUUACCAAUGGUGCGGAUCGAAAUCCAACCGAUUUGAGAAACUGAAAGCCACCGCCGUUGCCAAGGAUAUCAGGGACAAUGAAAGGAGCGGAAGAGCCAAGGUUUAUGUGGUGGAAGAAGGGAUGGAGCGAGAGAAAAUGAUUGAGGUUCUGGGAGAGAAGCCAGAUUUGCCAGAGGGACCAUCGGAUGAUAUUAAGGCAGAUGCUUCCAACAGGAAACUUGCAAAGCUUUAUAAGGUCUCUGAUGGUAAGGGUGCCAUGUCCGUGUCUCUAGUGGCAGAUCAAAACCCAUUCUCCCAGUCAGCUCUCAACUCCGAUGACUGUUUUGUACUAGAUCAUGGCUCUGAUGGAAAGAUCUUUGCAUGGAAAGGAAAGAAUGCCAACAUGGAAGAAAAGAAAGCUGCGCUGAAGACUGCCACUGAAUUCAUUUCCAAGAUGGGCUACCCAAAACAAACCCAGGUCCAAGUGCUGCCAGAGAGUGGCGAGACUCCUCUGUUUAAACAGUUUUUCAAGAACUGGCGAGACAAGGAGGCAACUGACGGCAUGGGUGUUGCCUAUGUCCCCAACCACAUUGCCAAAAUUGAGAAUGUGCCUUUCGAUGUUACUGUUCUACACGAAUCCCCAGCCAUGGCUGCCCAGCACGGCAUGGUGGAUGAUGGAUCUGGCAAAAAACAGAUUUGGCGUAUUGAAAACUGUGAGAAAGUUCCCGUUUUGGAAUCGCAUUACGGACAGUUUUAUGGUGGAGACAGCUACAUCAUUUUGUAUCAUUAUAAAUCUGGUGGAAAACAAGGCCAGAUCAUCUACACAUGGCAAGGGGAUGAUUCAACAAAGGACGAGAUCACCGCCUCGGCAAUCCUGAGCGCCCAGCUGGACGAGGAGCUUGGUGGUGGCCCAGUGCAGGGUUCAAGGACGCAGGUGCGGGUCGUGCAGGGCAAGGAACCUGCCCAUCUAAUAAGCCUGUUCGGUGGAAAACCUAUGAUUAUCUACAAAGGGGGAACUUCCAGAGAAGGCGGUCAGACAAAGGAUGCGAAUGUCCGUCUCUUCCAAGUCCGCACAUCCUCUUCUGGAUUCAGCAGAGCAGUAGAGGUGGACAAUACAGCUAGCAAUCUGAACUCCAAUGAUGCCUUUGUACUGACGACACCCUCUGCUUCCUACCUGUGGGUUGGGCAAGGUUCCACUAAUGUGGAAAAGAAUGGAGCCAAGGAACUACUAAAGAUCUUGGGAGUCUCUGCGUCUGAGAUACCAGAAGGGCAGGAAACUGAUGACUUCUGGGGAGCACUAGGCGGCAAAGCAGACUACCGUACCUCCGCAAGACUAAAGGACAAGUUGAACGCCCAUCCUCCUCGUCUGUUUGCCUGUUCUAACAAGACUGGGCGCUUCAUUAUUGAGGAGGUUCCAGGAGAAAUCUCUCAGGAUGAUCUGGCCACAGAUGAUGUCAUGCUGUUGGAUACUUGGGAUCAGGUGUAUGUCUGGGUUGGUAAUGAAGCCCAGGAAGAUGAGAAGAAAGAGGCCAUAGCAUCAGCCUACAAGUACAUAGAGAGUGACCCUGCAAACAGAGACAAGAGGACUCCAGUUGCCAUCACCAAGCAAGGAUUUGAGCCCCCCACUUUCAUAGGCUGGUUCCUGGGUUGGGAGGCUGAUUACUGGGAUGUCGACCCCCUGGAGAGGGCAAUGGCAGGUCUGAGCACUUAAUUGGACAAGCUGAACCCUUCCCGUGAAUAUCUCUGUGCCUUUACCGACUAGGAGAUGUGCUCAGCCAGAGACUCUUCCUAGCCCCACUUAGCUGUGCAAUAACCAAAGUGCCCCCCUCCCCAGUUUGUACCUUGCCCCCCUCUUGUACUAUUGGAAUAUUUAAAAGAAAUAAAGCAACCACAUGUUCUACA